AUGCCGAAGACGCCUCCCUCAAGACAAAUGCACUAUGUGACUCUUCUCGGCCAGGAUGUGCUGUCGUUCGAUGGGAACGUACUCCUGUGUAAGGUGUGCGAGAAGGUGGUCUCUUCGGACAAGAAGUCUUUGGUUAAGCAGCACAUCGAAGGAGCUAAUCACAAGGCGCUUUGCGAGAAGAAGAAAGAGUCUGGGUCUACGAACGUCGUCCAAAUGAAGUCGUUCCUCGGAGCCACCGGGAAACAGAGUCAAUUUCACGUCGAUCUCUGCGAUGCACUUUUAUCUGCUGACAUACCGCUGCGGAAACUGGACAAUGAAAAGCUCAGUGCUUUCUUGGGAAAAUACUGCAAGCAACACGUCCCUUCAUCAAUCACGUUACGCUUGCACUAUAUCAAGAGCAUAUACGAGGGGAAAAUGGAAUACAUAAGGAGUUUCGUUGGAAGCAAAUCUAUAUGGAUCUCCAUCGAUGAGACAACAGACCCUCUCGGAACAUUCGUUGCGCAUAGUAUCAUCGGAACUUUGGAAACUUCCGGGUCCAGGAGUUUCCUACUCCACGCAGACAAUCUGGAGAAAACCAAUAACUCGACCAUCGCCCAAAGCUUCAUGAAUGCUCUCAAUGUACUUUGGCCAAACGGAGUCCAUCACGAAAGGGUUCUCCUAUUCGUGACGGAUGCUGCGCCGUAUAUGAGGAAGGCUGCGAAUGCCCUACAGGUGCUUUUUCCCCGCAUGAAGCAUGUAACUUGUGCGGCGCAUGCACUGCAUCGAGUAGCGGAGGAAGCCAGAUUGCUGUUCCCCGAAGUUGACAAGCUGGUGUCAAACGGGAAAAAGAUAUUCUUGAAAUCUGCGGCGCGGGUCACCAUGUUCCGAGAACUUGCGCCGGGUACGCCCCUUCCACCCCAGCCGGUCAUAACCCGGUGGGGGACGUGGGUCGCUGCCGCACUCUACUACGCUGAGCACCUGGAUACGUUCGCGAACGUGGUUGAUUCUUUCGAUC